UGGAUGUACAAAUUUUUUUCCCAUCGCAACUCACGUGUCGGAUUCGCUCGUCCACCUACCCGGACGCGCGCACGCAAAGCAGAACGCUCCCCUCCCGGCCUUCCCUUCCUCCCCGCCCUCCGAAGUCCGAAGGCCAGAAGCUUCCGGAAGCCAGCCCAAGCCAUGAACGCCGCCAGCACCGCCGCCGCGGCCCCCGCGCCUGCCGCGACCGUGCAGGUGCCGCGCGGGCAGGUGGAUCUGAUCGACUUCAUCGACUGGACCGGCGUCGAGUGCCUCAACCAGGACUCGUCCCACAGCAUCGUCAACGCGCUCAAGCAGAGUUUGAGAGACGACGAGGGGCUGUACCUCGCCAGCGAUUCGGACGAGCAGCUGCUGAUCUACAUCCCCUUCAUGCAGGUAGUCAAACUGCAUUCCGCGCUAUUCAAAGGUCCCGAGGAAGAGGGCCCCAAAACAGUAAAACUCUUCUCCAACAAAGAGCAUAUGGGUUUCAGCAAUGUCAAUGACUAUCCACCAAGUGACACCCUCGAGCUAUCAUCCGAUCAUUUGAUAGAGAUGGGCCUUGGCCUUUCUUUCCUGCAGAAUAAACUUUUGCCACUAAAGUAUGUCAAGUUUCAAAAUGUUCGCAGUCUGACUAUAUUUAUUGAGGACAACCAAAGUGGAAGUGAUGUCUCCAAAAUUCACAAGAUUGCUCUUUAUGGAACAACUGUGGACACGACAAAUAUGAAGGAUCUGAAGAAGAUAGAAGAGCACUGAGACGAUUUUAAGGCUGAGCUUAUUCCAGUCCAGUGGGUGCAUGGCAUACUAGAAGCAGUUUAGAUGUUGAAUUGAGCAAUUUCUAGUUGACCCUGCAACUUUCCCCCCCUAUUUUUAUACAUGAGGAGUUAAAAGAGUGCGAGUCUGGUGAUGCCGAAGCUAUUACCUCUUGGUAUCUUGUAAUCCUGCAAUUUAUUUAUGUGGCUUGGGAGUGACAGUCAGACGAUCCGGAUCCAUUUCAUGAAUGAAUCAAAAUUGCUCCAUGCAUC